AUGGCUAUUAAUGGUAGCCACGUGAUGCCGGAUGCAAAUAUCAUUACAGUAACUACCGGAUUAUCAAGCUGCGAUAAUACAACAUUAGGUUUAAAUGAAACUAUAUAUGAUCUUCAAAAUUUAUAUCAAAGUAACAUUUCAAAUUUUACAUCAAAUAUUUUUUUAAAUAUUUCAAUCAAUAAUUUUACUUGUACGAGAGGAACUGGAAAUUAUUUUGAACAAAUUAUUACUUUUACUCAAUCAGUUUCAAUACGAAUUCAAAUUUUAUUUGCUUCUAUUUAUUAUGAUUAUAUAAAUGCUAAUAAUUAUCGAUUACAUGGUUUUAUUAUUGAUCAAGAAUCAUAUUUUAAUUUAUCAUCGAUCACUCUAAAUAAUAGUGUCAAAUCUGAUGCUUGUUCAAGUGCCGAAGCUGCACAAGAGCCAUUUUGUCUAACGAACUUGACACAUCCAGUAUGUACUUUGCUGCCAAAUAGAUGGAAUGUUACUUGCAGUCAAAAUUUUCCUACAACUACAGCUUCAUUAUCUAUUUCGACUACAAUGAAUAAUAGUCAAUCAGAUAUGCCAACAGGUACAUCAGGUUUGAAUUCAUGGCAAAUUGGUCUUGUUUGUUGUUUAAGUAUUUUAUUUGUGUUAAUUAUAAUUAUAAUUAUUAUGUAUUUUUCUCGUCGAUCUAAACAUUCAAAAAAUCUUGCUAUAUCACAUGUUAAUCUUUUUAAUGAUGCACAUGUAAUGCAUAAAAGUGAAACAUCUCAAAAUCAAGUAUUUCAACGAACACCAACAAUUGUACAAUCGAAACAUGAUAAUAAGACAGCUAUUUCUUGGAUUCAUGAUGUUGCAACGACUACUAGUACUGAUCAUAAUCAUGUACAGUUUGUUGAUUUAAAGCCACCUGAACUUUAUAAUCAAGUGACAUUUGUUGAUCACGCAAAAGUACAUGAUCCUGGUUUUACCUCAAAUUUGCCUCUAAAAUCAAUAACGCCUGUUAGUGUUCCAACAAGUCCUUCGAAUAGAGCAGCAUCUAAAGUAAUUUCAACAAUAGUUAUUUCUCGACCUUUAUCUCGCACAUCAAUGAAUCAAUUAAAAGCCAUAACUGGUAAUGAUGCAACUUAUAUAAUGAAUAAUUAA